UCCGUCGCACGAGGACAGCUCUCACGCCGCCGUGGCCUCAGUGCGCUUUAAUUAUUUUACCCUUUAAACUGAUUUAAAACACAUUUCGGGAUGGACGCUGAUAAAACGACAGUUUCUACCGCCGGUGCUGCCGCGGAGAGUAAAGAUGACACAGAUUCUUUCACAAAGGUAAAAUCUAAAAAGACCCAGAAGCGAAAACGUGAACAAGAUGGAGUGGACAUGGACACAGACGAGCCUGUGGCAAACAAGCGGCCGCAGUUUCCACCGAUUUCAGGCGACAAACUAAGGGGACCAGAUGAGAUGCGCAAAAUCCCUGUCCCGGCACACAGAUACACCCCGCUGAAAGAAAACUGGCUGAAGAUUUUCACCCCCAUUGUAGAGAACCUACAGCUUCAAGUCAGAUUCAACCUGAAAACCAGGAAUGUUGAAAUCAAAACAUGCAAAGAAACACAUGACAUUGGCUCCCUCACGAAAGCAGCAGAUUUUGUUAAAGCGUUUAUUCUGGGAUUCCAGGUUGAAGAUGCCCUAGCUCUCAUCAGAUUAGAUGAGCUUUUCCUAGAAAGCUUUGAUGUCACAGACGUGAAACCUCUGAAGGGAGACCACUUAUCCAGAGCCAUCGGAAGAGUAGCAGGGAAGGGAGGAAAAACCAAAUUCACCAUUGAAAAUGUCACAAAGACUCGCAUUGUGCUUGCAGACACAAAAGUUCACAUAUUAGGGUCUUUUCAGAAUAUCAAGAUGGCCCGGACAGCGAUCUGUAACUUAAUCUUGGGAAGUCCACCUUCAAAGGUCUAUGGCAACAUCAGAGUGGUGGCAAGCAGAGCUGCGGAGAGGUUCUGAAGUCUGAUUCGUUGCCAUGUGUAUUUAUCUCUUCCCCCAUUGGCUGGUGGAAUUCCCGCUGUGAUCCUUGUUGUUAAGACUGGUGACUGCCUUUUGGACCCACAUCUCAGGUUCGUCUGUAAUGGCCUCAUGUUUCCAGCUGGUUUUUUUUUUGGAUCAGUUGGUUCCAAAUGUGAGGAGAAAGUUAUGAUACAUGCAUAAACAGAAUGCAGGUAUCUGAAAAUAUGAGUUUGUGUAAAUAAAUGAAAAACAUAAAUCAC